AUGCCUGCCACUCCUAAGUGGCCAGCCUGUGCGUUCUCCCGCGAGGAUGCGGAGAGGUUUUGCGAGAUGCUGGCCGCAGCGCACGGUCCAGCCUAUGUGGACGACACAUUGAACGAUGUUUUGCAGAAACUUUUUCUGAAGGCCUUGAAGGAUUAUGAAAUGGAUGAGAACACAAGCAACGGUGGCUUGCAGUCAUCUCUCUGGCAGAUUCGGGAUUGUCAGAGUUUGGAAAUGCUGCCAUCGCUUUGUCAAAAUAUCCAUGAUAUGAAGAUCGCGAAGGAGAGUGAAGUCAAUAAAAGCAAUCCGACAAAGGCAGUCGAGAUUAGUGGAAAACAAAAGGCAGGAAAUUACUAUCUCUCUACCACUGUCAAUGGUCGUGGUUGCAAUUGUGCCGUCAAGUUUGGAGGUGAAAAAUGGAAGGAAACCCAGGACAGCAGUGUGCGUCCUUGCGAAGCGACCAUGGAAGGAUUGGCAAUGCAGAGAUGGGUCGUGGAUAAGUUGCUCAAGAAGGAGUCCUGGUACAAGGAAAACAAGAGUUUCAACAUCUUCAUGAACCGGUACUCUUAUGCCACCGACCAUGCCAUUUCAAUGCACACCGAUGCGUCCAAAUAUUAUGAUGAGAUUGAUCCGAUCACAUCGCUUUCAAUGGUCCUGGGAUCAUUUCUUUUGAUCCAAGCGAAGCAGGCUAAAAAACGAGGCAACAAGCCGAGGUGGUGUUUGGUUGUUUACCAGCCGCCUGGCUCCAUGCUGAUCAUGGCUGGGAAGUUUCAAUCGCAGUUCGAGCAUGCAGUGCCUGCUUGGUUGGACAUGAAGGAGAUUGCCCAUGCGGAACAAAAUGCUGAGUUUCAAUUGACACGCGGUGGGCAGCAAGAGAAUCUCAGACUCCUGUUUGUUGGGCAGGCGAAACAACAGAUGAAGGAUGAAAUUGAGAGACUGGAGAGUCUCAAUUUGAACGAGACUCACAGGUGGAAUGUGACGGUGAGGUGGAUAAGACGCCAUAACGAGGACUGUCCAUGUCGUGGGAAAAAAGUUGAACUAGUCGGACCUGAGAUGCUGAAACCACCUGGAAAGGCAAGGACGCAUGAGGGAUCUGCGGGGUCGAGUGCCAAGUUACCUUGGGAUGCCAAGGCAGCAGCACACCAGAGACAAGAGUUUAAUAAAGGCAGGCCAGGAAGUGAUGUGCGGAAAGAAAAUGAUGGUGAGAGGCCAAGUUUAUUUGCAGAGCCAGCUUUGGUUGCCACGCUGGAAAUGGCGAUUGACAUGAUCACUGUGGAACCAUGGCCGCUUUUUUCUGCUUCCUUCUGUGGAGACUCCGGUGUGAGGCAAGCAAGAUAUAACGGCAUUGGGGAGCAGAUCGCAAGUUUGCUUGAAAUUGAUGCUUCUCUCAAGGAAAUGGUUGAGAAGAACAAAAUGUAUCCUCAGCAGAGUUUAAGCGUGCAGCGGAAGAUCGUGGAGAAGUUGCGCAAGUUGAGGAGACAGGCUUUGCUUUUGGACUUGCUUUGGUUGUCGACAGAGGGACCUAGUUUUGUCGCUGCGAUCGACCAAGUGGCUGUCGAAGUUCCAGGCAAAGAUCCAAAGCAUUUGACAGUGGUUCAGAUGUCUUUUCGUAUGUUCAAGGUACUCCUGGAUGAGCACCCCAUUGAUGAAGACUGCCUCCAAGAACAUGGUCUCGUGUGCUUGGACUUUUCUGGUCUGCGUGACGAUGUUUUGAGCCAAAGCGCGAAAGAUAAAAAAUGGGAUUGGAUGACUUUGCAGGGAAAAUAUUGCAUCGAGUCAUUCACAGCCUAUGUGUUUGAUGAUUCUGCACCGUCGGAUAGCAUCAGUAUCAGGACCAAACUGACUUUUCUGCAACAGCCUUUGCGUGAUGUGGUCCGGAUGGCUGAGUCUGAGUCAGGGCCAGAAGAGUCCCUGACAAGUGCUAUGCGGUUGGAGAAGUGGUUCGAUCUUUAUUUGGAUCAGAUCUGGACACAUGAAAGCUCCCAACGGGCUAUGUCACCAGACGGUCGGUUGAUUUUGUGGAUGAUACCUCUGCAAACGAGACUCACCUACCUCGGCUCUAAAAGAGCGAAAACAACAUGA